AUGGACUGGUUGUGCCAUCAAAUUUCACGAAAGAAAGUAAUCAAAAUCCCUGAUGGAUCGAAGAAAAUCUCAACGAAAUCUGAUGCCAAGACCAGUCUCAAUUAUGAGGACGACUUCAGUCUUCAUUACUCUCUCCAUGAAGCUAACAAGGAACAGUUGAUCGUCCCGUUUCUCUCCGCCGCCACUGAAUUGAACAUGUUUUAUGAGGGGUUUGUGAAGAGCAGCAGGAAAUAUCAUGUCGUGGAUAAAAAUGGGGUAGCUGGAGGGAAGGGUGAUGACAGAAAAAAGCUGAAAUUUACCGAAAUUCUAAAGGUAAGCGGAUGAAAACUCAAUUGAUUUUGUUUGUAAUCUCUGGGCUGAAAUUUUUUGCGAAACGAGAUUUUUUGAUUUUGAUGAUUUCUUGCAACUUUGCGGAUGAAAAAUAUAGAAAAUUGGGGAUGGUAGAUUAGUAAUUAUAAAUUAACGGGUGAAAGUUGAUUGAAGCGUCAAAAUUUGUCAAAAAUAAAGCAAAAUUAAGGUCGGAUCCUCUACGGAAUACCUCAAUCUUUUAUCCUAUAUUUUGGAGAAAACACGAAAAAUCCAAGGCAAAAAAAUGCUAAAAAUCCUGCAGGAACUUCCUAUUUAAAAAAUGAUGACAUUUUUUGGCAUAGAUAAGACGUUUUGAACACUAUAUUUUUUAAUUCCCAUUUUCCAGCUCAACACAAUAUCCGAGCUCAAUUCCAAAGUCCCUCUUGAGAAAUACUCAUUCUACACCACAAUUUCCUUCCAUUUACAACCAAAUCUUCCUGGACUUCCUUUCACCAUCGCCUUAUACCAGCCAACAAGUUCGCUGUCAAAGACUGAGCUCGAAGAAUUUGUGCUAGCUCAGGCUUGCCUUCGACUCGGUCUGGAUCAAAGUAAAUGGAUAACAAAGGGAAAGAAGAGCAACCCCAAGAAGAUUGGCGAUUCUGGAAGACCAUUUCGCUUCUCAGCUGUGCCAAAAGAGAUGGUGGGCAAAAUGGAAUUGAAUGAAUGGAAAGAUGAGGGCGGUGAGAGUUGCAAAUGUCAUUUUGAGUUUGUCUUUGGAAAUGGUGAGUAAAAAAUAAAACCUAAGGCAAUUUCUACAACGUUAUGUAAUGUGUUAGCUGGUAUCGAUUUUUUAAAAUUUUCCAGCUACCAAAACCUCCAUUUUUGACCUCUCUUGCAAUAAGCCAUUCAAUCAGUCGUUGUAUCAGACCUUACAAACAUCUCCGACUUCCAACACCUUCCCACUAUUCCAUCAGUGCCAAAUCUUGGACAAAGAUACGGAUGGUCACGUCAGUAGAAAAGAGCAUCCAAAGAAGGGAAGAAAAUACAAAAUCAGGAUGCCAAUGGAGUUAAAAAGUAAUGAUAAGGUAAGGUAUCGUAUUUUUAGGACUCAAAUUUUAUUUUAAAGGUUUUUUCUACCUUUUUUUUGAUAAAAUGGUUUUGUGGCGGAACCUAAAAUGACCCUUCAAACAUCGCUCCAUUAAAUCCAAAUUCUAUAAUAUAAUAAUUUCACUCUUGAUUUCCAGCCUUAUGUUCGUUACAACAUUGAAUUUGUCUUCUUCGAUGGAACUUCUUUUUGGUUUCAAAUCCGAAUCUCUCCGUGUGAAACAGCCCUGGAUUUGUUUAGAAAAUGCCUUGAGCUCAAGAAACAACCAAGUUUUUUUUGUCACUGCACCAGCCAUGUACGACCCGUUGAAGUGCUGGAUUGGAAUGACAGGGUUGAACCGUAUGGAUCUUAUUCAUUUGUUCAAGUGAGGACAAAGGAUGAUUGGUGGAGAUAUCUGAGAGAUUUGAGGGAUGUUUGA